AUGAUGCGAAUGAGGACUAUGAAUGAAUCUGUCCGGCCACCUCCGCCGCCAGUCAAUGGCGGCAGCAGCCGUGAGAAGGAGUGGGAGCUUCGGCCCGGUGGGAUGUUAGUCCAGACACGAACCGAUACCGACCAAAACCGUGCCCCGCCACCAACUAUCCGUGUCCGGGUCAAAUACGGGUCGAUCUAUCACGAAAUUCGAAUCAGCUCACAAGCCACAUUUGGGGAAUUGAAGAAGAUGUUGUCCGGCCCGACCGGCCUGCACCACCAGGAUCAGAAGCUGUUCUAUAAGGAAAAAGAGAGGGAUUCGAAAGCGUUCCUCGAUACCUCGGGUGUCAAGGACAAGUCUAAAAUCGUGCUGCAAGAAGAUCCUAUUAGCCAAGAAAAGCGUUAUUUGGAAAUGAGGAAAAGUGCUAAAAUGGAAAAGUCUGCUAAAUCUGUAUCAGAAAUCAGCUUGGAAGUCGAUAGGCUAGCCGGACAGGUAUCCGCACUUGAAUCCGUUAUUUCCAAGGGUGCGAAAGUGGUGGAGAAGGAUAUCGUGAACCUCAUCGAGCUCUUAAUGAAUCAACUGCUUAAAUUGGAUGGCAUCAUUGCCGAUGGUGACGUUAAAUUACAGAGGAAAAUGCAGGUGAGAAGAGUGCAGAAGUUAGUGGAGACUCUCGACGUGCUAAAGAUUAAAAACUCGGUGCCCCAUACAAGCAAUGGAAAAGAUGUGCCGAUACCCGUCUACGAGCCUCACAAGCAAAGGAGGUAUUCGAAUGGAGAGGUGUCCUCCCCUGUUGACUCUCAAGGCCGGGUCUCGUUUGGGCACUCGUUAAUUGACUCGCCCGUCGAGCAGCAGCCGGCUCGACACUCGGCAGGCGGCUCUGUUGUCAUAACUACUCAAUGGGAGACAUUUGACUCGGCCCCAGGUGGGCCCUCGACUUCGGCUGGGUCGACCCGUGUGGCUCAACCGAGUUUCCCCUGGGAUUUGCUUUGA